AUGGGCGCCGGGGCUCUCGAUGAACCCCCCGAUGGACUCAUUGGAGGUUAUACGGGGGGUUCUGUGACAGUGCGCAUGCUGAUGAUUGUCUUUUCCUCCAUUGCUCUGUAUAAUGCGCUUGAGCUCAUCAUCUUGCUCUUUUUGACGUUUCAAAGUUAUUCGGGACUCUAUUUCUGGACCAUGUUUAUAUCGACCGUCUUCGGGGUCAUUCCACACUCAGUGGGAUACAUUCUAGAAUUCUUUGCACUGGCACCGUUGUGGUUGUCGCUGGUCAUCUCGACGAUCGGAUUUUAUGCUAUGGUGCCUGGCCAAUCCGUGGUACUUUACUCACGACUUCACCUGGUGGUACAGAGUCGGCGCGUGCUGCGUUUCGUGAUGUGGCUGAUCAUUAUUGAUUCGAUUUUGCUACUGGUGCCCACGACGGUUCUCACCUUUUCGACAGCCUUUGUCCGGACGAUACCGUAUAUCCGCGGUUACAAUGUCAUGGAACGGCUACAACUAGCCUGGUUCUGCGCUCAGGAAUUCGUGAUCUCAGGAGUUUACAUUGUCGAAACGGUCAGGCUGCUUCGUCUGAUGCCGAAUAAAGAUCACCGCCGCACAAAGAUCAUGUACGAGUUGUUGACAAUCAACGCCGUGAUCAUUCUCUUGGACGUCGCUCUCUUGCUGGUUGAAUACAUCGGUUACUACUCGCUGCAAACCACACUCAAACCUCUGGUUUACAGCAUCAAGCUGAAACUUGAAUUUGCCGUCCUCGGCAAGCUUGUCUCCUUAGUCCAGACACAACGGUCCCAACCCACCUCCUUGGAAGACGAAUAUCCCAACUUUGUGGAUCCGUCGCAGAUCACAACCGAUGUCACACAUGCUGCUCCGAUGGAACAUGGACAUGACAGAUCACGCAGAUCAAGACCGUGGAACGUGAUAUCGAUGGAGAGUCUGCCGUCCUCGGAGCAGCGCAUCAGACCGUCCACCAAAUCACGGCGAUCGAGUGACGCUGAGAACCACGCGUGA